AUGCCGCCUAAGAAGGACGCCGCUGCCGGAGAGUCCGACGCCCUUUUGGUAGGCUUCACAAACAAGGAGACCAAGCUCUUGGCCGCUGCUUUUGUCAGUUCCACUGCUCCAGAUAAAUUUGACUAUGACAUUAUGGCUACGUUGACCGGCAACACUGCUGGCUCUCUCAAGAAGAUGUGGCCGCCGGUAAAGAAGAAGGCUGCUGAGGGCCAUGCUUCCUUCGCCGCCUUCCUUGGACAGGCUGGUGUCGCUGGUGUCGCUGGUUCCGCAGCUCCUGCUGGUGGAGAGCCUAGGCCCAAGCCCCAAGCUCCUGUCAAGGUCGUCAAGAAGCGCAAAGCAACCGAUGAGGCCCCCGAGGAUGCCGAAGAUAGCGCCAAAGACCUUGAUCCUCCCUCUGCCACCGACAAAUCUGAGGGCGACAAGUCAGACUCCAAGAAGAAGAAGGUCCCUGCUGCCAAGAAAGGAAAGAAAACCCCAGACCAGAAGAAGGAGCUAGCCAAGGGUAAAGGACGUCCCAGAAAAGCUGUCAAGAAAGAGGAAUCGGCAUCCGAGGAAGAAGUCAAAGAUGGUUCUGUCGAGAACUCCGCUGAUGGCGGUGAUGGUCCUUGCGGCGAGGCUGAAGACGACAUCUGA